AUGGUAGCUCUCAGCUUCGCCCUCGCAGUCGGUCUUCUAUCCGGUCAUGUCUCUGCCAACUCCCUCGGGUCGAGCUCAUUGGCGGCAAGUAGCCAAGCUCACACACCUGUAGUGAGCUGCCGGACAAAGCUAGGCACAAACUCGUUGGCAUCAGUGCCUACAACGACUAUCACUCGUCGCAUUCAUGACCCGAGCCCAGUGGUGGUCUUAAGUACAACUCGGGACACUGUGACGUUUACCCCGGUGCUGACAGUCACCGGGACGGAGUACGAGACGUCUACUGUCACUUCUACAACAGACGCUAUCACCGAUACCUUCUCAACUACUUCCACUGAAUUUGACACGGCGACAGUGACUAUCACGCCCGAUCCAAGUACCUUGACGGUCUUCGCGACCGUGUCGACGACGAUUACACAAACCUCGACAAUCGCUACCUCGCCAGGCUUUAUUCCCAUUGCUGAUACCCUACCUACCGGUACGGCAAAUAAGCGAUCUUUAGUGGAGGAGGACUGCUCUCCUGGGCUAGAUGAUUACGAGUAUCCCGAAGAAGUAGUCUGCCACGAGAAGAUUAUCCUCAAGACGACAACAGUCUCAACAGUGACGGGAUCUCCUCUUACUAUGACCGCCGCGGCGUCGACCUCAACGGUGAUUAUCACCAACACUAUCACUACUAGCUCAGUGAUUGUUCCUUCGGAUGUAUCCACCACAUUGAGCUACAGCACCACCUCUACUAUUACCGAGACAUCUUCAGCUCCCGCCGAAACGAGCAUUGUCACAGCAACCACGACCGUCACCGGCGCUGUUACUACGACUUCCGCUUACGCAGCAUGUGCGACCAACAAUAUCGCUGGCAGCCCGCUUUCUUCGGAAUUUGGCUCUUUUGCGGGAAAAUAUGUUUACGCGCUUGAGUUCACUCAUAUUCCCGGUGAAACUCUUACUGUCGGCGACACUGAUUCUGGGUAUGACUGCUGCGCUUCCUGUCUCGAAAGCUCUACCUGCGCAAUGAGCUAUUACUACUCUACAUCAGCGGUCGCAUAUUGCUAUUUGAUCCACUCGACAGCAUGCUCAGUGGGUUCUACUUAUGGCACGGCAUACCUUGCCGAUGGUCAAAGCUAUGUACAACUGUUCAACGGCAACUGUGGCACCAUCAAGGGUGAGCUUUCUGGAUAG